AUGUCUGUCAAAUUGAUCCUUCCCGCCCUCAGCCUCUUCACCCUCUAUGCCAUCUGGUACUACGCCGACGCCAAUGGCCUCCUCGAACUAGCCAGAGAGAGCAUCGAGCGCAAAACACUCCCAGGCAGCGAUGCACCUCUGCGAACCGUCUACACUGGCUUCCCUCAACUGGACCACUUGCUCACCACCCUAACCACCUUUUUCUGGCCCACCACCGAUGGAAGCCACCCUGCCUUGACCCUCCACACCCUCGGAUUCGCAGGAACAUUUGGCUCCGCUUGGAUCCUGAUAACCCUAGAGUCAUGGCGGCAAGGCAAUGCCUGGACACUAGCAGCAUUUCCCCUAGUAUUCGGUCUCUCCGCCCAAACCCUAACGUUCGCCUUCGCAGCACCUCUCUACUGCGCCCUACAACUCACCACCUCCAUAACCUCCACCUCCCCCACAGCAACUAACAUCUACAUCCCCAAAACUAUCCUCACUACUCUCCCCCUGAUCUUCACCCUCUCCUACAUCCUCCCAAGCGCCCUGAUGGUCCUGCCCCUCUCCUCAACCAUAACAACCGACCUAAAGCAACUCUUCAUCGCCCUCUGGCAACCAUUCCCAGCAUACAUCUCCAUCCUCCUCACCCUUUCCCACACCCUCUUCUCCCCAUUCACAUCUACCCCUAAACCAACCCAAAAGAACCACAACCUCUCCUCCCUACGCUUUAUCUACGCCUUCACCUUCUUCCACUCCCUCAUCUCCCAUCUCGUCACCCUUACUGUCUCACUAUCUACCCUCCUUGCACCUUCUAUCCUCUCCCCGGAAUACCGUACCUCCCUGCAUCCCAGUAUUGUGUUUGGGAUCCCCACGCCGUGGACAUCGCCUGUUAUACAGGUGGCUAGUAUUGCGGACGGGGUGCAUGCGUUCCUGAGAUGGGAUUACUUGAUUGGGUCGGCAGGGAUGGUGGUUUGGGCGUGGAGGCUAUACGGGAAUGCGGUGAAGAUGGACAAAGGUGGUGCAAUGGGGUGGUGUGAAUGGGUGUCGUUAGUGGUGAGAGUGGGGUUGUUGGGGGUUGUUGCUGGGCCCGUAGGGGCGGCGGUGGUACUGGUUUGGGGGAGGGAGGAGAGGGGUUUCGGGAGGGGGGAGAAGGGGGGUGAGAAAAGGAGUUAA